AAACAGGUGGAUCAGUACAGCAUGGUGAGUUUGUGCCUCUAGAUUUGAGGAAAAAGUGGAGGUAAAUAUAGAGCAGGAGGGCUUUUGGUUUGCCGAGUUUAUGGCGGCGAGUGCAGACCCAUGCGGGGAUGGCAGUCAUAAUAAUAAUAACGGUGGCAAUCAAGGUGGUGGAGGUGCUGGUGGGAGCAACGGAAAUGGUAACAACUCUGGAAUUCCGGUAGCCUCCGGUGGCUACUACAACUAUGUCUUUGGUCCUACAGUUGCUGCUCUUAAGCACGAUCCUGGUCUUUCUUUGAAUUGGUCCCCCGAAGAGAUUGCCCUCAUCCAUCAGUUGUCUAACAGAUAUGAUUCGGAAUCAACUAUCACUAAAUAUGCCAAAAUUGCACAGCAGUUAAAUGAUAAGACAAUUAGGGAUGUUAUCCUUUACCAUAAAAAGAUGAAUGAAAGUAAAAAGGAGAACAAAAAACGGAGGAGAGAUAAUGAUACUUCAUCAAGGAAAGACAAAGAUAAGAAGGAAGAAGUAGUCGAUCCUUCAGCUAAAUCAUCGUCUUAUCUUACCAAUCGUUCCAAUGGUCAGCCUUAUGCUCAAACAGCGGUCUCUAUGGACAGUGAUGAUGGCAUCUCAUACAAAGCCAUUGGUGGUGUAACGGGUCGACUUCUUGAACAAAAUGCUCAAGCUAUGGAUCAAAUUUCUGCAAACUUUAGAUCAUUCAAGAUUCAUGAUAACAUUAACCUCUUUUGCCAAGCUCGGAACAACAUUAUCUCAAUUAUAAAAGACUUAAAUGACGUACCAGAGGUGAUGAAGCAGAUGCCACCCCUGCCUGUGAAGCUUAAUGAAGAGCUUUCAAGCAAACUUCUUCCUCCUCCAUCCUUGCAUAAGUAAUCAUGGGUGAACUGGCUCCCUAAAGAUGCCAUGGAUACAUCACUUCUCAAGUUCUGAUCCGGAUACAAAUAUACUUGGCUAGUCAGUCCAGUUUGUUUUAGAUUUUAAAUUAAAUAGUUAUUACUUUUAGUUUCUACAUCUAAAAUUAUAGCUACCUUGGACGAUGUAAAGUAGUCUGAUAUGGGAUUUUCUUUUUCCUUUUUCAAGAAAGUCAAUAUAGGAUUUUGUUAACUGUAAUGUUGACAGUUUCUUGUGCAUAGUUUUGUGACAGUUCUGUUGUAAGCUGAA